GGCCGCAGCUCAGCUGGGGUCACAGACAAGCUGGGGACAGCAGCCCACCAGGUGGCCAGAGCAGGGAGAGUCCAGGCUGGGGCAGACCGGUGUUUACAACGCCUGGCUGAUGUAAUAGCCGUCUGCAUCAGCCUUCGUUGGGGAGAAUGACGACUGUACUUGUUUUACCCGCUUGUUAAAACGGCUGUUAUUUAUUUAUUCUUGAGCUUCUUUUUCUUUUCUUGUGUGUCUCACAGAAAAAGCUGGCGCCCCUGAAGCUACGCGGGUGUCUCGCCUCUGGGGGAGCCACUUCUGUCACCCCUGCUUGCUCUCUUUUCUGUUUGCUUCUUUGUUUUUAGUAAUUUUAGUAUGUUUUAGCAACAUUUCAUUUUUUUCUUUUUAUCAGUUUUUUAAUUAACAUCUAAUGUAUUAAGCAACAUUUAUUUUCAAUGAAAUGUUAGAAACGCAGCUCCCUACUCCCUGCGGGCGCCUCCCACUCCCAGACCUCGCGACCCGUGGGUGCCACCUCCAGCCACGGGAGCGCGUGGGUGUCACCCGGGGGCGCUCGGUUUUUCCCACCUCCGGCCUGUCCUGGGCCGCGAGCACCUCCAGUCGGUGUACGUCUGUGGAACGAGAGAGGAACCGCCCGAACGGUCGCGAAACUCUACCGCCGCCGUUUCCCCGGGGACCGCGGGGUCCCCCGGAUCCCUCCGAGCGGGCGCGGGCUGCAGGGUCGGAGUUGAUCGGAGGGUCCACUUCCCGUCCUGAGGGGCGGUCAGCCUCCAGUCCGGAGUCCCGGGGAGCGGGCAGCGGGCAGCCGGGUAGGCGUCCCCCGGACGCGAGGACACCUGCGGCCUGUGGCCGGGCGGGCGGCUCCUCCAGCCGCCGCGCCUCCUUAAAGCCGCGGCCCCGCCCCGCCCGCGGUUCCACCCAACCGCCGGAUUCCGGCCGCCGGGGCAGAGCGUCGCAGAGCCGCGAGCCCGCGAGGAGCGCGCCGUCCGCCAGUCCCCGCGUCGGGUUUCGCGUCCCCGGGUCCCCAGAUCCGUCGCCAUGGCCAGCCAGGAGCUGGCGCUCAAGCUGCAGCGGCGACUGCAGUGGGAGGAGGCGGAGGAGGGCCGCCCCCAGCCCGCGCCCCGCGCCUUCGCCGCGCUGGAGCUGGAGUCCGAGUCCCCCGCCUGGGCGCCCACCGCCUGCGCGGACGCCGAGCUGAGUGCGCAGCUGACCCGACGGCUGGACAUCAACCAGGGCACCGCGCGGCCUCGCCGCUGCAAGGUCUUCAACCCCUACACCGAGUUCCCGGAGUUCAGCCGCCGCCUCAUCAAGGACCUGGAGAGCAAGUUCAAGCUGUACGACGCUGGACGGGACGGCUUCAUUGACCUGAUGGAGCUGAAGCUGAUGAUGGAGAAGCUGGGGGCCCCACAGACCCACCUGGGCCUGAAAAACAUGAUCAAGGAAGUGGAUGAGGACUUCGACGGCCAGCUCAGCUUCCGCGAGUUCCUGCUCAUAUUCCACAAGGCCGCCGCGGGGGAGCUGGGGGAGGACAGCGGGCUGAUGGCGCUGGCCAAGCUCUCCGAGAUCGAUGUGGCCCAGGAGGGCGUCAAAGGUGCCAAGGACUUCUUUGAAGCCAAGGUCCAAGCUUUGUCCUGUGCCAGCAAGUUUGAAGCUGAGCUAAAAGCGGAGCAAGAUGAGCGGAAGCAGGAGGAAGAGAAGAGGAGGCUCCGCCAAGCGGCCUUCCGGGAGCUCAAGGCUGCUUUCAGCACAUAGUCGGGCGACCUUGACCUCCAUCCACACGGUGCCUCACAAAUGCCCCCGAGAGAGCUGGCUGGGCAUCCUCACCCCGCCACUCCCGCCCCCCAACCAGCCUCCACACCCACCACCCGAUGCAAACUCCUCAGCCUCAUGGGGUGGCAGGGGAGGCCCUCGUCCCUGUGUGGGAGCCCCUCCCCAGGGUCCUGGGAUGAGCCAGCUGCCCCCCUUGCUUCUCUUUCCCGGCCUCCCCCUGCUGUAGCCAGAUCGUGCCUCUACUUGGCAUUUUGUACUUUUUCCUUGUCCCUUUGCGGUUCUGCAUCAAAGAAUGUUAAUUUGUGCAGAUAUUUCUUUCUUUGAUGGUCCUCAGAGGAGAUAGCCGCUGGAGGGCUGUGAUGUUAAUGUCACCCCAUUUUCUUGGGUAAUUCUCUGCCCCUCUCCCCUCUGGGUCCCCUUCCCCUUUGUUUCUUAUCCACCUUCCCUGUUUUCAUUCUGAGCCUGGUUCUGCCAGUUGCUUUUGCUUCUUCGGUCUUUUGAUGAUGGUGAGGUUGAAGGCAAACCAGGCUGGACCAUUGCCUGUCCCCUCUUCAACAGGGGGAGUGGCAUGCUGCUGAGAUGACAAAAUAGUAGAAAAAUAGAACAUUCUGUUCCUUCCUAUCACCUUUCUCUAGUCCUUGUAGCAUUCCCCGUGGACCCACCCUCUUCAUUACCCCCUCCAUUCAUGUCUUCUCAUUUCAGCCUUUCCUCCUGCUCUUAAAUACUGUGCUACUCACCUGUAAGAGCAAAAGAAAAAUCAGAAGUGAUACUAAUGUGUAGAAGAAUCCCUGUUAAUUCUGACUAUGCAAAUUAUAUUGUAGCAGACCCCUACAUUCCCAAGUGACAAAUCCAGAGCUUUUCAAAACCCCCAAAGUCAUGACCAUCCUCAUCUGGCCAGUUUCCAACUUUUGCUCCCAAGAUGUUGAGCUGAUGCUGUUCUACACCCAGUGCAAAUUUUUAUAUGUUGUGCGUUCUUGGGAUAGCUCGCAGAUACCAGGGGUUUGCUGUAUUUUUAAAAAUACUUCCCAGCGUCAUAUUUAUUACUUCUCUUUUGUAACUGCUGUCUUUACAACAGGAAAACAUCUGCAUUUCUACUUUACAGCUGUCUCUUUUUAAAUAAACUGUGCAAAUGAACUUUGCCAUCACAUC